CAUCACGUUAACUUCUCCAUGCGCACUUGAUGUUCUUCAAAAUCAGUGCGCAAACGAAUCAUGAUUCAAUUUCUACCACUGAUUCUUCUCCUGUUCAUUGUUUCAUACAUUCUUGCGAUUGUUUACUGGAACCGAAAAUCUGGAAAAAGCGAAAUCAAUCUUCCACCAGGAAGCUUCGGAUGGCCGUUCAUCGGAGAAUCUCUAUCUCUGCUCCGAGCAGGUUGGGAAGGAACUCCGGAGAAAUUCGUUCAGGAACGGAUCGACAAACACGGUAGCCCUUUAGUCUUCAAGACGUCGUUGCUUGGCGACCGUAUAGCAGUGCUCUGUGGUCCUGCCGGCAACAAAUUUCUGUUCGGGAACGAGAACAAGCUGGUGGCGGCGUGGUGGCCGACGCCGGUGAGGAAGCUUUUCGGCAGGUGCUUGAUUACAAUCCGUGGCGAUGAAGCAAAAUGGAUGAGGAAGAUGCUGUUAUCGUAUCUAGGCCCUGAUGCUUUCGCCACUCACUAUGCUGCUACCAUGGACAUCGUCACCCGUCGCCAUAUCCAAGUUCACUGGCAAGGGAAGGAGGAGGUGAACGUAUACAGAACUGUUAAGCUAUACGCCUUUGAGCUCGCCUGCCGUUUAUUUCUAAGCCUUGAAGAUCCAAAUCAUAUCGCAAAACUCGGUUCUCUGUUCAACGUGUUCUUAAAAGGCAUCAUCGAGCUACCAAUCGACUUCCCAGGGACACGAUUUUACAGCUCGAAGAAAGCAGCAGCAAAAAUCAGGAAAGAACUAAUGGCGAUUAUCAAAGAGAGAAGAAAGGAUUUGAAAGAAGGAAAAGCGUCGUCUUCACAAGACCUCCUGUCACAUUUGCUUACAUCUUCGGAUGAAAAUGGCAGGUUUUUAACUGAGAUGGAAAUUGCAAACAACAUCUUGUUGUUACUCUUUGCUGGGCAUGAUACUUCUACUGUAUCAAUCACGUUGGUUAUGAAGAGUCUUGGUGAAUACCCUGAUGUUUAUGAGAAGGUGUUGAAAGAGCAAUUGGAGGUUUCAAAGGGAAAAGUAGAAGGGGAAAUGCUGAAAUGGGAAGAUAUACAGAAGAUGAGAUACUCAUGGAAUGUUGUUUGUGAAGUGAUGAGAAUUAAUCCGCCUGUUCUUGGAUCAUUUCGAGAGGCUCUCGUGGAUUUCGAGUAUGCAGGUUACACAAUUCCGAAAGGAUGGAAGCUAUACUGGAGUGUUGUAUCGACGCAUAAAGACGAGACAAACUUUGAAAACGCGACACAGUUUGAUCCAUCGAGGUUUGAAGGUGCAGGCCCAAUUCCAUACACAUUUGUCCCGUUCGGAGGGGGUCCAAGGAUGUGUUUAGGGAAAGAAUUUUCACGAUUGGAAGUACUCGUGUUCCUUCACAACAUCGUCACCAACUUUAAAUGGGACUUGUUAAUACCCGAUGAGAAAAUCGAAUAUGAUCCCAUGGCUACUCCUGUAAAGGGGCUUCCUGUGCGCCUUCAUCCGCAUCAAGUUUGAAGAAUACAAACAUGAAUUAAUGUAUGUAUGUUGUAAGUUUGUAUUUUACACGUUAUAUAUUAUAGAAUCAUAGAAAAUUAUGAUAAUAGUUUUUUUACUAACAAAGAUGGAAG